AUGCCGGUCCCCACGCCGGCCCCGAGCCUCGAAGAGGCCCUGGGCCGGUGGAGCGCCCAGCUGCGCGCGGAGCUGCGCGCGGACGUGGUGCGGCUGGAGGCGCGGCUCAAGGCGCUGGAGAAGCGCCUGGACGUGGAAGGCGCAAAUGGAGGAGCACUGGAGCUGGCAAAGCCUGCACCGAGUCUGGAAGGCAACCAUUUGACAAACGAGUCCUUGGAGGCUGAGUUGGAAUUCCAGGUUGCCGUUUUCGACGAGUCCGAGUCCAAGGUCGCACCCGUUGCAGUGGAACCGGAAGCCGCACCCGAAGAGGAGGGCCUCGUCCACUUUGGCUCCAGCGCCUGGACCUUCCCGGUGGUCAUCGGCCUAGCACCCGCCGGCCCCUGGGACGUCACCUUUGCCAUCAUGCUGUUGCUGCUGAAUCUGGGCAUGCAGGCCAUGUUCUCUUAUAUCAUCCUGGGGGAGGACUUCAUGGGCCCCGAGUUCGCCUCCCACGUGAGCGACGCGCGGCGCUGGCGCACCAGCAUCGCGCACGACCACAAGUACAUGGACCUGGCGGCGACCAGCUUGGUCUCCCGCGUUUGUGGCCUGGAUGGAUCUCUGAUCCUGUCCACGAAUCAGGCAAACCUUGUGGGGGACAUCAACAGCUUUCUGGGUUUGCGCCUUGGGCAGUUCUCCCCAAAUGCCUUCCAGCCGGGGGUGCUGCUGUGCAUGCUCUGCAUUCUGCUCUGGAGCCUUUGUGUCUACAAGGAGCUUCGAAACGUUUGGCACACCUUGGAGGCGUUGCUUCAGAUCCCGCGGACGAAGCAGUCGAUUUUCCGGGAGAACAUGCUGCAUGGACUGUCAAAGGGCCGCCUGAAGAUGCUGCUAUUCACCUUGCUGGUGCGCACCUUGAUCGCUUGCGUGCUGCUGGUGAGCGGGAUACAGUGGCUCGCCAAGACCACUUCCAUCACUGAGCUGAUGCUCAACGCGGUGGCGCUCAACGCCAUCCUCGACAUCGACGAGUUUCUGUUUGCCGGCUUCACCCCCGUCUCCAUCCAGCUCGCCGUGGAUAGACUGGAGCCCUGUAGGGUCAAGUACAGCUCGUGGCGCAGCCAGGUGGAGUCCUGUUUGCUAUUCGUCCUGCUGGUAGGCACUGUGAUGGUGCCUUACUUCCUCCUGCUAGAACCGCAGGGCGAGCUAAUGCUGGCCACGAAGAUGGAGAUGUGUGGCGGGAAUCAGACUUUUGUGGUUGGCAAAAACCAAGACACUCAAGUGAUCGUGGGGUUAAAUACCGAAGCCCUUGGUGCGAACCAAGCCAGAUUGCUACAGGAGGCAGUCCAAAAGCACAUUUGGGCAAGUGACCAGCUUGGUGGCUACAUCUCCUUUGUUGGGAGCAACUCUGUAUUCAGCCGGGAUCUUUCCUGGAAUAUGGAAGAGGAAGCUGCACAGUGGACCAUCUGCCCCGAAUCAGACGUUCUGACACCAGGAGGAUUGAUGUACCAGGACCCCUUUGUCUCCGCAAUCAUCACGAACCGCUUGCGCUCUGCCAGCCUGGGCCUGGGCUUUGCGGGUGCGGAAACCUGCGCAGAGGUGGCCCAUCUCUGCGACGUGCCGGAGGCGCGGUUGCUGCGGCUGAUGUGCGGCGUCACGUGCCGUUGCGCGAACCCUGCGUCGUCGCCUUGGUUCAAGACCAAGCAGCACGGCUGCGCCGACAGUUGCACCAACAUUGCCAGGGCUGCGUUGAGUUCCUCGCCAUGUCAGGACAAGGGGCAGGAUGAGUCUUGGCGAAGCAUGUGGGACAGCUACAUGCCAUCUUUGUCGGCAUUCUACAACUCCAACAUCAGCGAGGGCGUUCUGGGCCCGCCGAUGAUAAACAUCACCCAGACGAUCAAAGAAGUGGGGUGUCCGGCCUUGGCGGUGCCGGCGUUGGCGCAGGAUCUGGCCACUGGGGCGCUCUGGUGCCGAGGCCAUCCUCCCCUCUACCGGCCCCUGGCCUGGGUUUGUCCAGAGACCUGCGGCUGCAUGUCAGAACCGACACCUGACUACUGCCCUGGCAGUUGCACCGUUAAUGCGAGCGCCGCGACGGUCUGA